AUGGACCAUCAUGAGCAUGAGGAGGAGGAGGAGGAGGAGGAGGAGGAGGAGGAGGAGACUGUGACGCCGGUUGCAAAUUCUGGGAGGAGGAACGGAGGAAGUGAAAGAUUCCGGUACAUGGAGUGCUUGAAGAACCAGGCAUUCAGCAUUGGCAGAGAGGCUCGGGACGGAUGUGGAGAGUUCAUGCCGGCCGGUGAUGAAGGCACCUUGGAGGCUAUGAUUUGCGCCGCUUGCACCUGUCACCGGAACUUCCACCGAAAAGUACUUGAGGUGCAACCGCAGCACUACCAGGCUCCGUUUCACCACCACCAGAUGGCACCGCCGCCGUUUUAUUGCCACCACAACCCUGCUGGAUACCUGAAUGUGAUGAGAUCUCCGCCGUCUCACCACCUGCAGCGUCCGCUUGCUCUACUGCCUACAUCAAGGAAUGAUGUUGAAGACAUAUCAAACCCUAGCUCUAGCAGAGUUGGUUCCAAAAAGCGGUUUCGUACGAAAUUCACCCAGUAUCAGAAGGAUCGGAUGCUGCCGUUGGCGGAGGCGUUAGGGUGGCGCAUUCAGAAAGAAGAUGAGGCUGUCGUACAGCAAUUCUGCGCUGAAACAGGCAUCAGUCGUCAAGUUCUCAAGGUCUGGAUGCACAACAACAAGUAUACACUCGGUAAAAGGCCAUAG